AUUACUGCAUUGCAGUAGAUGUGAUAAAUAGUAUAAUUGGAAAUUGAAAUUAUUUGACAAACUGAGUUGGAUUUAUAGUUACUCAAUUGUAUUGCUAACACGAUGACUCUAUAACUAAAUAGGACAGGAAAAGUAGUAUGUUAAAAAAAACCGUAUCCGCUAAAUUAUGUUAUGGUCAUGGGGUGCCAAUUCACACGGACAGCUCGGCCUAUGUUAUGUUAAUGAACAAGUCGAGAAGCCGACUAAAAUAAACAUUGACUUUCAUGGCAAUAAAGUUAAGCAAAUAGCAUGUGGAGGUGGACAUACAUUGCUUUUAGACACGGAAGGUAAACUUUACUCUUGCGGGUGGAACAAUAACCUACAAACUGCAACAGAAAAAGAAGUAAACAGCUUUGAAAGAACAUGGAGAUUGAGUGGUAUAGUGUUUACAAAUAUUGCCUGUGGAUGGGACUUCAGUUGUGGUGUCACAGAUGAUAAUUUUUUAUUUGUCUGGGGUUCCAACUACUAUGGACAACUAGGGCUGCCUCGAAAUGAAUUUCCUGAUAGCAUAAAGCCAAUAAGACUGCAAGUAAAUGCUUGUGAAGUGUCUAUGGGCUUGAGGCAUACAGCAAUUGUUAAUUCUAAGGGUGAGGUCUGGAUAACUGGCUGUGGGAAGCACGGACAACUUGGCCUUGGCAGUGAUAAGCUAUCUUCUGAUAGGUUUGUGAAAGUAGUUAUAACAGGAAAAAUAACUCAUGUUGCAUGUGGUCAAAGACACACAGUAUCAUGGAGCUCGGAUGAAAAGGCUUUGUAUGUAUGGGGUGACAAUAAACAUGGUCAGUUACUUUUACAAAAAGAUAAAUAUCCCAAAAUUUUCUCACCUCAAAAAAUUGAUAUUGAUGUUAGACAAAAUGUUAAGAAACUGUUAAGUGGUUGGUCAAAUGUAUUAUUAUGGUUGGAAGAUGGUACACUCCUUGCUUGGGGACGAAACAAUUAUGGACAAUUGGCAACUGACCAAACAGUGGUUGCAGGGCAGAGAAUAAACAUCAAAUUACCAGAAGGAAGACACAUAAAAGAUGUAGCAAUAGGAUCAGAACAUGCUCUGUGUUUAGCAACAGAUAAUACCAUUUGGGCUUGGGGUUGGAAUGAACAUGCAAACACAGGGAUUAAUGCCACUCAACUGCAUAUAAGCAAACCAACUUUAGUGCCUUUUAAUAUAGAAUCUAAUUUUACUAUUACUCAGCUAUAUUGUGGUAGUGCUCACAAUUUCAUUGUAAUUGAAGAAGAUUCAUAAAAAAAACACUUAUAUGAAGAAUUCUGAACACAAAUUAGAAAGUUCAAUGUUUAAGUAAUAAGAAAGUGUGAUAUUCUUAUAAUUUUUCAAAAUUUCUAUGAAUAUACAUGCAAUAUUU